UGAGGCGACUCACACACCCUUCGAACUCUGAACUCCGAACACUCUGCCUCAACAAAUCUAGGCUACCACGAACCUAGCCGACUCGCCGCCGUUCGAUUGGAGAGCUGGUUCUGGUGGUUGUGUUUGAGCUUUUGAAGGUGUUUGAGGAGGAAGAGCUACUGCUGGUGGUGGUUGUUGAGUGUAAGAAGAGAUGGUGAGGCUAACGGCGGAUCUGAUAUGGAAAAGUCCGCAUUUUUUCAAUGCCAUAAAGGAGCGGGAAUUGGAUCUUCGAGGUAACAAGAUUGCUGUAAUCGAGAACUUAGGCGCCACGGAGGACCAAUUUGAUACCAUUGAUUUGUCGGACAAUGAGAUUGUCAAGCUUGAAAACUUUCCCAAUCUCAAUCGGUUGGGAACCUUGAUUAUAAAUAACAACAGGAUUACUCGUAUUAAUCCCAACAUUGGAGAGUUCUUGCCAAAGCUGCACUCGUUAGUUCUAACUAACAACAGGCUUGUCAACUUGGUGGAGAUUGAUCCUCUUGCCUCCCUUCCUAGGCUGCAGUUCCUUAGCCUGCUGGAUAACAAUAUCACAAAGAAACCUAAUUAUCGGCUUUACGUAAUUCACAAACUAAAGUCGCUUCGGGUUCUGGAUUUCAGGAAAGUGAAAAACAAGGAAAGAGUGGAAGCAGCACAUUUGUUUGCAUCUAAAGAAGUUGAGGAGGAGAUUAAAAAGAUUCCCACAAAGACAAUCACUCCCAGUGAGGUUCCAAACGUUUCAGAAACAGCAGAGGAACAACAGGCUCCAAAAAUGGUUGCCCCAACUCCUGAGCAAAUUAUAGCCAUCAAGGCUGCCAUUGUGAAUUCUCAGACUCUUGAAGAGGUUGCAAGACUUGAAAAGGCUUUGAAAUCAGGACUGAUUCCCGAAGAUCUGAAAAUUCCAGUUGGUAGUAGUGGAGGCGACACAAUGGAAGAAGAUGACACAAUGGCUUCCGAGAAUCCCGAAGAAAAUAAUGUUGAGCCAAAGACUGUAGAGGAACCAAAGGACAAUGAAGCUACCCCAAUGGAGCAGGAAUAGAAGGAUCAACGAAUGAUAGGAAUACUCUAGCAUGUGAAGCCAAACUUGAUAGCUAAUUUUUCCAGGCGAUAUUUGGAAACGUUUUCAGAACUUCAGAUCAAUUAAUUAGUGACCUGAGCCAUAUGUGAUUCUCCUAGACCUGGCAACAACUCAUGCUCGUAUGUUCUCCCGAGGCGCUGUUUGUUAUUUAUUAAUAUUCCUAGGAUUCAAACACAUUGAUCCCUAAAACUCUCAUGGAUGUAAUACCUUCAAUAUAUGCAUACAGGUGUACCUUGUGAUGGGUAGUGCUACUUUGGAUUUGUGCUGCCUAAUUAAGGUUUAGGAGUGUUACCUACGGGAAUGCAAGGUUGGAGGCGAUUGUGGGGUUGAAUUCGUUUUUUGGUAAUUGCAUGUUAUCUGUGCUUCAAUUUCAUUAGGCAGGAUGAGCAAUGCUUGGCGCGAGGGAUUGAUGAAGUAACAAAACCUUUCCAACUCUUGAGUCAUUUUGUACUUUGGAAUGUAUUCUGCAAGAGAAACAGGGCAUCGCUUACCAGUUUUGAUUCUAAUGAGAAAAAACCUUAUAGUUUCUUGCAUCAGUUUUGUACAUGAAAUUCAACAGAUCCUACCGUUGCUUAAGAGACCUCCAUAUUGAGGAGGAUCCGGGUGUUUUAAUGGCAGCAGUGCAAAAGGAUAAAAGGGACCAACUCUGUAACUCUGUAAGUGAUCGAUGUUUUUUGAAGAAUUUUUGGCCUCAAUGGUUAGAAUCUUUGUUUUGUUA